AUGGAGCCUCCCGCUUCGCCUCCCGCCUCUCGGCGUCCCAGCUUCGGCAGCCUCCUGCGGCGCUCCAAGAGCGGCGACAUAGGCAAGAAGGCUCAGGCUGCUCGCGAAGCCGAGCUCGAGCGCCAGCGCCAGCGCCGCCCGCCUCGCCUUCCCGACCUUGCCAACACCGCCGACCAGCAGCUCUCAAAGUCACUUAGCACCCAGUUGCGUCUCGAUCCCGCCCAAUUCUCCUCCAACGGCCCUCAGGCGCCCUACAACGGGCCCAGUCACUUCAACGCCGGACGCUACGACUCCUCGGGCAGCAUCGCCAACUCUCGCAGCUACACCAACAACGCUGCCCCGCCCCCCAUCCCAGCGACUCAUCAUCCUGUUCAGCCGCCGCCCUUCGAUCCCUACGCAGCCACCGAGAGCAUGACGCACCGAGGCAGGUACAGCUACGCCAGCAGUGCCAUCAGCACCAUCAACAGCCCUAGAAGGGUGCGCCGUCGCAAGGAUCCUACCCCUUUCAAUGGCUCUGCCGCUCUCUCUCUGUGUCAAUGGAGUCUCGCCUUCCUUCAUCUUCGCGCUUGCCGCUGCCUGUCUCACCAUGCCACUUUGUGCCAACCAAGUCUCGUGUUCUUCAUCAUGGCUCUCGCCGCUGACUCGUCUGCCAGUGUUCUCGUCAUUGGCGCUAAAGACUCGGGAAAAACCUCUUUUCUCGAAUUCCUCAAAACCGCCCUCGCUUUGCCUCCUAGACGCCGUCCCAGGAAACAGGAGCAGCCAGAGUAUCAGGCACCGCUGCCUGCCGAGGGCAACUUUGUUCCUCACUACCUCGAGACGGAAAUCGAUGGCGAGAGCAUUGGCCUGACUAUUUGGGAUUCCGAAGGCCUCGAGAAGAAUGUCGUCGAUCUCCAGCUCAGAGAAAUGUCGGCCUUUAUCGAAAGCAAAUUUGACCAAACCUUUGCUGAAGAGAUGAAAGUGGUGCGCUCGCCUGGUGUGCAGGACACCCACAUUCACGCCGUCUUUCUCAUGCUCGAUCCUGCUCACAUCGACCGCAACAUUGCCAACGCGCGCAAGAUGCAGAUGCAGCCCGAUGACAAUCAAAAUGGCUUUCGCUCCAGCAAUACCAAAGUCACGGGCGCUCUUGACUAUGACAUGGGUCUCCAGGUCUUGCGCUCGCUCCAUAGGAAGACGACCGUGAUUCCCGUCGUUGGCAAAGCCGACACCAUUCCCACAAAGCACAUGAACGUCCUCAAACGCGCCGUUUGGGACAGCAUUCGCCUAAAUAAUCUCGACCCGCUCGAAACUCUUGGUCUCGAAGACGAAUUCAGCAGCGUUAUUAACGAAGAAGAUGAGGAUAUUGAGGCCGACUCGGAUACCCUACCCCAGGACAUGAGCGGCGACUCUGACACGCCGCCCGGCUUGAGCCCGGUCAAGCGUUCCCCCGGCAAGCGAGUCUCGUCGCAAACCAUGAUUCGUCACAAGGCUUCUCAGGAAAACAAGGAAGAGGAGCUACCAUUUUUACCUCUUUCUACCAUCAGCCCUGAUUUGUACGAGCCCAGCGUCGUCGGCCGCCAGUUUCCCUGGGGCUUUGCCGAUCCCUACAACGAGACGCACUGCGAUUUUCAGCGGCUCAAGGAGGCCGUUUUCAGCGAGUGGCGCAACGACUUGCGCGAGGCUAGCAAGGAGCAGUGGUAUGAAGGCUGGCGAACAAACAAGCUCAAACACCGCGAAAACUCGUACCGUCGUCGCUAG